AUGACUCUCACAGAGUAUGAAGAGGAGAUGAUGAUGUGCGGAUCGUCGAUGCCCCCUGCAUCGUCGCGUUCUAACAGUCGCCCACCCGGCCACCGGGCACCUUCCCAAGCACCCCAGGACGCCGUGCGGCAGUUUUGGGAAGACUUCAACACCAAGUACCCCGGGAAGGUGUACACUGUGCUUCCGGAUAACCCAUAUGCGCGUACCCGUGCGAAGCGGGUCCCUAACGGCGUGAUCCAAGGCCACGAGGCCGUCAAGUCGUACGAACAGGCGCGUCAUGAAUGCCAAAAGUCAGUGGAACGCAUUGUUAAGGAAUGCGAGCGAGUAAAUCAGAAGUAUACCGAUCCUCACUUUGACAUCGAGCUCGAUCUCAAGUCUGGUAUGCGCCACUAUCUGGAUGGGCUGGAUAAAACAAAUGAGAUUAUGCGACCACGCGGUGUGAAGAGAGUAACGGAAAUCUUCGAAAACCCUCAAUUCUUUGUCAAUGGGCCGAAGGCUUCGGACGUCCGUCAAGGAUAUGAUGGCGACUGCUGGUUGAUGGCUGCGCUGUGCACGAUGGGAAACAAGACUGGUCUCAUCGAGAGGAUUUGCGUAGCCCAGGACGACAAGAUUGGAAUUUACGGAUUCGUUUUCUAUCGGGACGGCGAAUGGCAGCAAUGCAUUGUAGAUGAUAAGCUCUAUCUACGUGCUGCCGAUUAUGACGAGUCAAUUGAUGAACGCCCAUUGUGGGAUGACAUUAACCGGACAGAUACCGAAGAGGAAUAUCGCCGAGUUUGGCAGACCGGUUCCAGGGCGCUCUACUUUGCGCAGUGUGUCGAUCCAAAUGAGACCUGGCUCCCACUUUUGGAGAAGGCGUUUGCGAAGGCCCAUGGUGACUACUCUGCGAUUGAGGGUGGAUUCGUCGGGGAGGGUAUCGAAGACCUGACUGGAGGUGUCACAUCAGAGGUUCUAUCUAGCAAUAUCCUAGACAAGGACCGAUUUUGGAGUGAGGAGCUUAUGAAAGUCAAUGAGGAGUUUCUCUUUGGCUGUGGAACUGGCUUGUUCUCCAACUGGUUGGACCCAAAGUAUGAUGGCCCUCCAAGAGACCGAAAGGGUAUUUCAGAGAACCAUUCAUACUCCAUUAUGGAAGCCCGAGAGAUCAAGGGACAUCGCCUUCUACGACUUCGCAACCCAUGGGGAAAGAAGGAAUGGCAUGGUGCCUGGGGUGAUGGGUCCGAACAGUGGACAGCAGAGUGGAUGGAGCUUCUGGGUCACAAGUUUGGCAACGAUGGGUUCUUUUGGAUCUGCUACAACGACCUGCUCAAGAAGUAUCAGCACUUCGACCGCACCCGUCUUUUUGGACCUGAAUGGACCGUCACUCAGCAAUGGACGACAUUGAACGUCCCCUGGUCAGCUGAUUACCACAGUUCCAAAUUCAUCAUGAACGUGACGAAGAGCGGCCAUGUAGUCAUUGUUCUUUCGCAGCUUGACACCCGCUACUUCAAGGGUCUGAGUGGCGAGUACAAUUUUGUUCUCAAAUUUCGUGUUCAGAAAGAGGGAGAGGAAGAUUACAUGGUGCGCAGCCACAGCAGCCAUUUUAUGGCCCGCUCUGUGAAUGCCGAGAUCGACCUAGAACCAGGCCGCUACCAUAUUCUCAUGAAGGUCAUCGCUUUUCGACACGAAGAAACCGAGUCGACCGAAGAGAUAGUCCAGCGCGUUGCUUCAACAAGGCGUGAGAAGCUUGUCCAAGUCGGUCUUUCUUAUGACUUGGCCCAUGCUAAGGGUGUGGUCGUAGAAACAGAUCGGGAACGAUACGAGAGGGAAAGACGCAAAGCUGCCGACCGGAAGAAGCUUCGCGACGAGACGAAGAGAAGACUGCAGAAAGAAUAUAUUCGCGACCGGAAGAUGGCUGCUCGGCAACAGCGAAUGGAGGCGCGUCGCUCUGGCCGGGUUCCCAACGGCGUCUCGAUUGAUCGCAGUCCCGAGCGUAGCCCUAUUCAAGGACAGAUCCUGCCAGAGACCCAGACCCAAUCGCCCACCGACGUUGCAAGUAUCUCCAGCGAUGGCAGUGACCGAAGACAGACAACGAAUGGCUCAGUCCCCACUAUUCAAUUCAAUGGACUACACGCGAGACAUGCCAGCAGUGGAUCUCACCGAAGACGCAACGAGUCCCCACGUCCAAGCCUUAGUACUCGCUUGGCAACCGACAACUUGAAUGGCAGUGAUGUGGAGCUGCUGGAUGGGUUUGAGUUCGACAGUGACUUGGACAUGCCACCCGAUGAUACGGAGUGCAAGCCUCCAGCCUCUUUGCAGGGAUCCAACCAGCCCAAUGCCGAUCCAUGGAAUGCUGUCUGUGUCGUUGGAUUGCGCGUGUACUCCAAGGAUGCGGGUCUAAGCCUGGAAGUGGUUCGUCCUGUUCCAGAGGAUGAUACUGAGGCCCCACUGGACCGUGACGAUCCAGCUGCAUCGGCCACUAUUGAGAAGGCCUUCUGGGGCAUGGACUUCGCUGUAUGA